AUGUGCUGUAUAUCAGUUCACUUCUAUAGCAACCAGAAAAGUUAUAAAAAGUAUCAGUUCUUCGCUAGUGUAUUGGAGCCACAUUGGAGGCCUUCCACUACAGUAAUUCUCCAUCACAGCAUCAUCAUCACACUGACACCCUAUUUAUCUCAAACAACUGCUCUGGAGUUUUGCGAUAAGAGAUAUUGUUACUACACUGACGAAUGGAACUACACCAUAUCAGACCCAGAAGAGGGCCGGGUAAAAUGUUCAGCUAUGGGAAUGUGGCUGCUAGAGAUACGUGAUGACAUUCAGUGGAGUGAUUUUGUGGGGUUGAGCGCUAACUUGAGCACCAAAUUUGUCGGUUCUUCUAAUUAUUUCCUCUUAAAUAUUAACUUAACUGUUUUUAGUGAAUGGGUUACUGUCGAUGAGGAGGUCUUCACAGGGGCAAGUUUGAUAAACGAGGCCCUUAAACUAGGCCCUCGUGGAUUCGUCACCCUCAUAAGGUCUGGAUCGGGCCUCAACUUUACUGAAGUGGCAAACAAAGGCCCUAAGUAUAAAAUUAUCUGCCAAAGAAACGCAAACAUUGGAUGUACAGAAUUUAACGACACCUGGUCGUACAACGAUUACUGCUACUUCAAAUUUGAAACGAUCCAAACCCGUUGGCAGGAGGCCCUCAGGAUAUGCUUCACGGAGAAGGCCCUAAUGGCGACAUUCAACAAUCUGACCUCGAAUGACCUUAGCGCUAUGACGUCAAUAGCCAAUUUCAGUGACGUCACCGGUUAUUGGGUGGGGGUGAGUAAGUGUAAGAUGGUCUGGUGUCAUGAAAAUGAUAGAGUAAUCUACAACCGUUUCACAAACAACUACCCCUACUAUGUGUAUUCGCCGUCAAAUUUGUUUCUAUACGUAACAAGUGACCAACCAAUGGAUGUCUGGUUUGGCGAAUAUUCUCUAUCUAACACAUACACCAUUGUAUGUAUGCGAGAUAUUGGUUAG